GCAAGCGAGCGAGAGAGAGAGAGGUAGAGGUGUACUGUUCGGAGAGUUCUGUGUCUUGACAAAAUGAGGAAUCAAGGAAUCUCUGGUUGAUGGAAGCAACAGAACAGAAAGAAAGAGGGUGAAACUCCAUAUUGGGUUUUCUUCAGAUUUGAGUUUUUUGAAAUAGGUAAGUUCACCUCAUUAAUAUCUCUUCAUCUCUCAUUUCAUCGAUUUUUGUUUUUAUUUGAAUCUCUCCUUGUGAAUGCUUGAUUUCAUGCGUGUACUGUUCGUGCAUCUGAAAUCUGCAGAAAGAGAGCUUGCUUUUGUAGAUUAACUUCGGUUGCAUUCUAAGAGGAAAUUGGACAUGAGUAUGUUGGUGGGGACAUGCUGGAGCCAAGGAAAGCUGAUAUACCUGCCUUGUUUUUGUUCUUGGUUGUACUUCCUGUUGUUGCUUAUGUCUUACUCGGAAAAUGGAGUGAGACUGCAAAGAAGAAAGAGAGAAUAAGUUUGCUUGCUCAGCUAGCUGCUGAAGAAGCUUGUAAAGCUGAAGUAAUGGCUGCUGUUGGUGUCAUCCCUAAUGUGUCUUCUUCAAAAAAUGUAACCCAUGAGUGUGCCCUGUGCUUUCGUCCAGCCACCACCCGCUGCUCCAGAUGCAAGUCUGCAAGAUAUUGUUCUGGGAAAUGUCAAAUAAUUCACUGGAGGCAAGGUCACAAAGAAGAAUGCCAGCAACUGGAAACUUCCAGCUCCAGCUCAUCUCCUAAGCCAGCCUCAGUUGAGGAAUCCAUUCAUGAGAGAGUGUUAAUUCCUGAAGACAUGAACUCUCAGUUCUUUGGGAGCAAUACCAAGCAUCCUGCAAAGGAUAAAGCUGCUUUAGAGAACAGAUUUUGCCCUUCAAUAACUGGUGCCCCUGCAUCUUCUUCUGCCAUAAUGGAUAUUCCCCAAGUCUCCAUGUCACAAAGAAGAAUUGCAGACAGAUGGGUUUCUCGCAAGUCAAAUAGAGAGAUGUUAAGGAAAGAAGACACUUUAUUUAAUUUUUCUGAAGAAAUUCCAAGGAAUGGCUUUCCUAGUUCAACCUCAUCUAAUGUUAUUCCAUCCAAGGAGUCUUAUAUGAGACAUAAGUUAAGAAAUAAUGACUCUAUAGAAUCAGGAGAGAUUUCUAAGAAGCAUAAUGUCAGUGGUCCUAUGGCAUUGAAUCAAGGGCACAAUGGUUCUAGAAGUUCAAUGCUUGGAAGUGAAGAGUCACACAGUCAACAUGGAAGUGUAUCUGAAAUUAUAAGCAAUUCUGGAAUCUCAAGCUCCUUACAUUCAGGAAAAACUUGGAAAAAUUCUUGUGAAGUGGAAAUGGACUUCUUUUUGAAUGAAGGAAAUUCACUUGCAGAGGGAAUCACAUCAAAUGUUGAAGCAGGGGAUUUGAACCGUUCCUCUGAAAUGGCCUCGACCAAACGAAGUGUUAAAUCUAGAGGUGCAUUGCAUCCCCCUGGAACAAAAAUAUCUAAAUCAGCUAGAACAUUGAUGAAAACAUCAAGUGAACAGUCAUGCUCCGAGAUGGAGAGAAAAAGUCAAAUGGCAGAUGAGUCAAAAAUCAUUACAAUGAGGGAUUCCACCACCAUUCCUGCACAGGGAAGCAAUGGAGUCACUGGCAUGGGGAUUAUAAAGAUGAUGGGCUUAAGAAAGUCCUCCAAACUUUCGAGGCAGAAUGCCUCAGAAGUUGGCUGGGAUAGCCGUGAGAAAAUAAAGAUGCUAUUUCCUUAUGAAGAAUUUGUUCAGUUUUUCCUCUCUGAAGUCUCUGAUUUGUCUCCUAGAGGACUUUUAAAUUGUGGGAACAGUUGCUAUGCGAAUGCUGUGCUGCAGUGUUUAACCUGUACAAAGCCUCUGGCCAUCUAUUUGCUUCAGAGAUCACAUUCGAGAUCCUGCUGUGUGAAAAAUUGGUGCCUCAUGUGUGAACUGGAGCAGCAUGUGAUGAUGUUGAUAGAAAAUGGAGGGCCCAUCUCUCCAAGCCGAAUCCUCUCACACAUGCGAAAUAUUAAUUGCCAGAUUGGUGAUGGCAGUCAGGAAGAUGCUCAUGAAUUUCUAAGGUUUCUUGUAACAUCAAUGCAAUCUAUAUGUUUGGAGGGACUGGGUGGCGAGCACAAAGUUGAUCCCAGAUUGCAAGAGACCACCUUUAUACAACACACUUUUGGUGGGCGUCUUAGAUCAAAGGUCAAGUGUCUGAGAUGUCAUCAUGAGUCAGAAAGAUAUGAAAAUAUAAUGGAUCUUACAUUGGAGAUACUUGGUUGGGUGGAGUCAUUGGAAGAUGCCCUCACUCAGUUUACCACUUCUGAAGAUUUGGAUGGAGAAAACAUGUAUAGAUGUGGAAGGUGUGCUUCAUAUGUCCGAGCCCGGAAGCAGUUGAGUAUACAUGAGGCUCCAAACAUCCUGACAGUUGUCUUGAAGAGAUUUCAGGAGGGUAGAUAUGGCAAGAUAAAUAAAUGCAUAACUUUCCCUGACAUGCUGGACAUGGUCCCAUUUAUGACUGGCACGGAUGAUAUUCCUCCACUGUACAUCCUUUAUGGUGUUGUUGUGCAUUUGGAUACUCUGAAUGCAUCAUUUUCUGGGCAUUAUGUGGCAUAUGUGAAGGAUUUGCAAAGCAAUUGGUUCAGGAUAGAUGACGCAGAGAUCCAGCCAGUACCAAUGAGCCAGGUGAUGUCAGAAGGAGCAUACAUUUUGUUCUACACAAGGUCUUGCCCUCGUCCUCCUCCGAGAGCUUUCAGCAGGAAGCCUACCUGGGAACAAGCUCCAGCAUCUGCGACGCCCUGGAACUCCAAAUCUCAGAAGGCUACGAGACCUGGACAAAGCAAAACCAGCAGUCACUCCGUUGGCUUGGCACCAUCACACGCUCCCAGACAUGGAACUGCUGCAGGCUUUACCCACCAUUUGUCUGACCGCGGUUUUAGGAGCACGGACAGAAGUGUUCUGCCCGUGAUGGAAGGCCGUGCAGAUCAAAUGAGCAUGGAAUUUUCAGAUGCUACAUCUAGCGAUUGGUCCCUUUUUACAAGUUCAGACGAUGCAUCCUUCACAACUGAGAGCACUAGAGACUCUUUCAGUACUGUAGAUUAUGCUGAUACCGGCAACCUCAAUCCAAUUUCUUCAAUUUUCAACUCAUUUUAUGCCCCAGAGUACUCUGCUCACGGCUCUGUUUCGUGUAGAAUGUUUUCUAACAGUAAGCCACUGACGAGGUUUGUUUCAGAGGAGAGGGGCUAUGCUUUGGAUUCAUUCUUGUCAUCCCAACAGCAGCAAAGAUUUUGUAAACCAGGGCAUUUAAAACAGGUCGGUUCUUCGACCGAAUUCCCUUCACAAAGUAAUUGCAGCAUGUUUGUAAAAUAUGGGAGUAAUCCAAAGGAUGAUAUUGUCCAAACUUCCUGCAAUUGUGAACUCUAAUGUGAAUGGAACUCCCAACUCAUUCAAUAGAUAAUUCAUCCCGGUGCA